AUGCCUGAUCCCUCGAUCUCGCUGCAGUCGUACGCGGGGGGUCGUCCUCCGCGUGAUCGGUUUCUACCCUCGUGGAUCAUCAACUACUUCUCGCGAGGCCGCGCUUCGUCAUCGGCGCCUGUCGCAAGCUCUGCGAUCGCCUCGUCGAACACGGCGCCUGGCGGCGACUCGGGUGGCCGUCAGCCUCAUCUUUGUUCGCCAGCGUCCACUCUCGUGACCUCUCCUUCUGCCUCGCCGUCGCCCGGCAAACGCCCAGGGCUGCGCGAGCGACUAUCGAUCUUACAACUAUACCGCCGUCUGUCGCGGGUGCUCGCUCCCUCGUCGCGCGGCUCACAGCGCAUCCCCACGCGCUCUGCCGUUCCCGAAGUCGUUCCGGACGCGCUUCAGCUGCCGCCAUCGUCAUCCACGGAUGAUAUGGACCCCGGUCCUCCUCCCAAUUCGCUCCCAUCGCCCACCGCCACGACCUUGGAAGUGACCGCGCCUUCGACGGACGCCGAGGACGCGAUUAUCCACACAUCGACCGCAUGCAUCGAUGUCGCCGACCCUAUGGCCGAGAUGUGGGCGGAGGCGGUGGGAGAGUGGCAGCUGAAGACGGGCCUCGACCUGGCUGUUCCCGACGCCAUCCCUCUCCGCUCUAAGGAAGCCGUGAUGAAUUACAUCGCGAAGAUGGAGGAGGAGAAUGGAUUCGAGAAAGGCGAGUGGGAGACGCUGCGCGAGCGCGUCGACCCGCUGGCGCACAUCCUUGAGAAAUUAUGCAACCCGAUCGGGGAUACGAUCUCGGCGGCCUUCCCACCGAGCAAUAUCAUCUUCGCGGCCGUCGGAUUGAUCGUCAGCGCGUACACUAGAACACGCGAGGACUUCGCUCAGAUCGGUGAUGCUUUCCAUGAGAUGCGAUUCCAUCUGCAAGUCGUCGAGACUGUUGCAGACUCGCAUCCCUGUGACGUACUGCGUACCGCAUGCGUCCUGCUCCUCAUCAAGGUCCUCUCUGUCCUUGGAGUCAUCGCAGAAAUGCGACGCGAAGGAUAUCUACGCAAGCCCCUUCCUCUUCCUUAUCUCGAGGCUACGCGGCCACUGUCCGAAGCCCUGCAGAACUUACGCAUGCUUGCCACCAAUCAACAACAAAUGGUGGCUGCGGUCACUCUCAACAAAGUGACGCAGUUAAUGGAGAGCAUCGCCAGUGACAAAGUUAGCCAGGAAUGGAUAUGCGGGUGUCUCGUCGACGUACUGCGAGCCAUUCGGGAAAGUCAUGAUCUUGGUUCAUCGACGCAGGCAGAAGUCAAUGCCCAUCGCACCGCUCUCCGGCGCAUGGAGUUGGUGCUGUACGAUCAGUCGGAAAAGCUGAGAAAAAUUGAUAUGUCCGCGGAGUGCGAACAAAUUAAGGGAUGGCUCAAAUACGUAGAUCCAUCUUACAGGCUGAGAAAGCUACUGGACGACCGUGCGGAAGGGACCGGCUCAUGGUUCCUUGACGGCGAUGAGUUUGCCGCGCUGAAGGAGGGUAAAACCAAGGCCGUACUUCUCAGCGGAAAAGCUGGCAGCGGGAAAAGCACAAUCAUCGCUGCCGCCGUCGAAGCGCUGCGUGCCUACCACGCUUGUGACCCUCACUCACUCGUCCUCGUCCACGUCUUCGACUCCACAAACGCGACCUCUGGUCAGCGGGACCUGCAUGCACUGCUAUCGACACUGCUCUGUCAGCUCGCACUCAACAACACUCACUGCGCGUCCAUAAUCUCGGAGGCUCACAAGAAAAUUGUAGCCAAUGGACUGCCUACGAAGACUCGGAUGGAGGGAUUGUUGAUGGAGACUCUUCGAGCUACGUCGCUGCACAUCACUGUUGUCGUUGAUGCCCUGGACGAAUCCAGUGACGAGGAAGACAUUGUCUCCUUUAUCCGACGACUUGAGGCAAUGUCGGCCAUAAUAGUGCUUGCUUCUCGCCGUCCCGUCAUCGGAUCGACCCCGAUCUUUGGUGUCGUGAUCUCCAUGGAUAAUCAUGUCAAAAAUAAUGACAUUGGAUUAUUUCUGGAUCUCGCCAUGGCUCAGGGAAGCAAUCUCGGAAAAAUGCAGUCGGACCGCAAGGACAUGCGGGCAAAACUGCUGGCGGGGGCUGAGGGAAAGUGA